GUGACGAUGACGUUCGAACGGCGACGAAGCACAGUACAUCGUACACACCGUUUGGGAUCAUUUUCCAAUUCAUCAACUCGAACACAGCCAUGACGACACCAACGACCAUGCAAGCCAUCCACAUCACUGCCCCUGGGGAUGCCAACGUCCUCCAGAUUUCCACCCGCGACGUUCCUGUGCCACGCGAUGGUGAGGUCCUCAUCAAGGUGCAUGCGGCCGGCUUGAACCGCCUCGACAUUUUGCAGCGCAAGGGGGCGUACCCUGCCCCUCCAGGUGCGUCGGACGUGCUCGGCCUGGACGUGGCGGGCGAAAUUGUGGGGUUUGGACCCAACACCACCGCGGAAUCGUCCGGCUGGAAGCUCGGCGACAAGGUAUGCGCUUUGUUGUCUGGGGGUGGCUACGCCCAGUACGCCACGGCGGUGGCCUCCCAUUGCCUUCCUGUGCCCAACGGAUGGACGUUCAUCGAAGCGGCGUCGCUGCCUGAAACGUACUUCACGGUAUGGAGCAACGUGUUUCAACGCGCCAAGUUGAGCGGCGUCGACACGUUUCUCGUCCAAGGCGGCAGUUCCGGCAUCGGCAUCACGGCCAUCCAGUUGGCCAAGGCCUUUGGCCAUCGCGUGUUCGUGACGGCGGGGUCGGCGGACAAGUGCCGCGAGUGCCAAGCGUUCGGUGCCGACGUGGCCAUCAACUACCGCGAGGACGACUUUGUUGCGGUGAUCAAGGCGGCGACGGACGGCCGCGGCGUGGACGUCAUCUUGGACAUGGUCGGGGGCGACUAUAUUCCCCGGGAGAUCGACGCCUUGGCCACCGACGGUUGCCUCGUGAUGAUCGCGUUGCAACGAGGCGCGGCGGCCCAAGUGGACCUGGCGCAGAUCCUCCGGCGCCGCCUCACGCUGACCGGCUCGACGCUCCGGGCGCGGGAAGUGCCGUUCAAAGCUGCUAUCGCCGCCGACUUGAAGAACCGCGUGUGGCCGCUGCUGGAAGCAAAGACGGUGAUAAAGCCGGCCGUGCACAAAGUGUUUCCGCUGGCAGACGCCGCCGCCGCGCAUGCCCUCAUGGAGACCAGCACCCACAUCGGAAAGAUCAUGUUGGAAGUGGCCCAUUAAGCUUGCCCUGAUGCAAUCGUCACAUGGAUGUUGAUGUUGUCUGAAUGUAGAUGUCACGUAGGUGGCGGAUUCCUGACUCGGCCGUACUGUACUGUAUGCUCAACGUACAGAUCGUUAUCUGACGAGGUGGUUUGACAGCUAUACAGUAAGUAGGUCAAUGGGGUACUUCUAGCAGUUGCCAGCUACCGUAUAAUAGGACGUUCAGUAUGAUGCCACG